UCAAUUUAUUUGUCCGAAACUGUCGAACAAUCACUGAACCCGAGCAAGCCUCCAUCGCACGAGACAUGGCUUCGUCGUCUCCGGCGCUUCGCGAACUCCAGCGCGACCUCGAGAACCAAGCCAACGCCCUCAGCAAGAUCCAAAAAGAUAUUGCGAAGAACCACCAGGUGCGGAAGCAGUACACGAUCCAGCUCGGUGAGAACGAGCUCGUCCUCAAGGAGCUGGAGCUAUUGAACGAAAGUGCCAAUGUAUACAAGCUGAUCGGGCCGGUGCUGGUGAAGCAGGACCUCGCCGAGGCGAAGGCCAAUGUUAAGAAGAGAAUUGAGUACAUCUCCGCGGAACUAAAACGGCUUGAUGGGACCCUUCAGGAUUUAGAGGACAAGCAAAAUAGCAAGAAGGAAUCGAUUCUUAAGUUACAACAGAGGAUUCAGACUGUACAAGCUGGAAAAGCGAAGUCCUAGUUAUCUUUUUGUAGGGACCGUAAGUUGUGGUUGAACUCAUACAGGGAGUUUUAGCUCCAUCAGAUGAGCAAUGUAGCAAUCAGUAUUUGUCAAUGUUUGUUGCAUACUUAAAUAUCACCUUUUUCUUCUUUUUGGUUAUUUAUUAUUAUUACAUUCCUUUGGCUGCAGGAAAUGACUGUAACAGCGUGGCUUUUUGCCAUAUUAGGACUUUUUAUGGGCUUUAUUAUUUCAUAUUGGGGAAUACUAUGGCAUGCUUAUUUAA